AUGUUAUCCACAAGCAACAUUCCAUCUUCAAUCUUGACCGACCCUGAUGCACUGAGUCCAAGUGAUCCUUACUUGAGAGAACAUCUCCAUUGGAUCGUCACAGACAUUCCUGGUACAACUGAUGCAACUUUUGGACAAAAUGUUGUGAGCUAUGAAAAACCAAAUCCACUCAUAGGAAUCCACCGAUACGUUUUCUUACUAUUUAAACCAUGUCGACACCCAAUAAACGUUCAGCACUAUGAUUUAAGAAAUGAAAAUCAUGCUCACAAUCAUAUUGACAAUCUAGCCCAAUCCAUUCCAUUCGGUGAAAUGAACACUACCUUAGGGUUACCAGUUGCUGCUGUCUACUUCAACGCUCACAGAGAAAAUGCGGCACGUAGAAGAUAACUAACUAGAUUUCAUACGUAUA